GCCCCCCGCCCGGCCCAACCCGCAACUCCACCGCGUCAUCCCGGGCUUUUUUUCCUAAGCCACCAGUCGCCACGCGUUGGUAAGCUCGCCAGGCAGUGCGCGGAUCCGACUCUCCGAGACCGACAGGGAGGUAUACCGCUUCGGAAGAUACCUUGUAAGCCGAGCCGACGACCAGAGGAGGAAUGACGUCAUCGUACAGGGUGCGCACAAUCCCGACGCGCACGGUGACCACCGUGCGUCGUCAACUGGUCGAAGAUGACGGCGACUUCUUCGACUUCCCUAAGGCGCGCUCGGGUGGCUCCGAAUUCACCACGGUGCGCCACCGUGUCACGCCAGGUGGCGGCAUCGUCACCACAACGACGACGACCACCACGACGCCCAGGCGCGUCAUCCGCGACGUCAGCCUGGACGGCAUGGAUGCCGACCCGUUCUUCGCGCGCGACGUCUCCAGGCCUUCCCGGACCAAGGACCUCGAGGAGUUCAAGGUGUCCUUCGACAUCGGGCUGCAGUUCAAGCCGGACGACCUGUCGGUGAAGACGCGCAACGGCAUGGUCUUCAUCACGGCCAAGCGCACCGACGGCAACAUCACGCGCGAAUUCGACCGCAAGGUGCCGCUGCCCGACGGCGUUGACCCGCUCACCGUGCGCGCCCUGCUCAGCCCCACGGGCGUGCUGACCAUCAGGUCUCCGCGGAACCUGUCGUCCCGGUACACCUCGAGCAUCUACGAGCGUCACGUGCCCGUCCGCAUGAGCCUCUACUAAAGCACGCGUCGGGGAAGAGCGCCGAGAUUCCGCUGGCAACGCUCAAGGCUAAUUUAGUACACACUUGACUCAUUCGGGAUAAGCAAGCGUCAGUCGAUUGCAGUGACUUGUAUUCCGCGUCGCGGAGAGUACUAGCAAACCUGGCUCGUGCUGGAGGACCUUACGUGCAUCGUAUAGGUCUCAGUUAUCACUCCUACCUGCAGAAAUGGAGGCGCACGUAUGGGAUUGAUGGCAGCUUGUGCUUGAAACCUACAGCGCGGCAGCAAUUACAAAAAAAAAAAAAAAAAAAAAGCAGAGGAGGACCGGAGCAGUUCUAGCUAGCUGUUUGUGGCGUACAAGUGCUAGCUGUCUCUGGUGUUCAUUCUUGUUUCAUCUGUUUUGCGCACUGUAGGCUCCAAGCUGAUAAAAUCACUCGCGAAUUCGUGACUAAGUCUAGGGUUAAACGGGUUCAGGGUCCGUUUUCCUGGACUGCAGAUUCAAAAGACAUUGGUGUUCCGAUCACAGCCAUUCGGAGGCUGUCGGCAAGGAGAAUUAAGUGCCUCUGACAAGAAAUGCUCCUUAAGCUUUGUUUCGAAGGGCUCUGAAUCGAAGCCGCGUCCGCAGAUGUAGCCCUGUUAGUAUCGCGCAUAAGUCAAGCCUUAGUUUCAAUUGCAAUUACGCGAGAACCUUUUGCCUGGCGUAUGGUUGUGGCAAAACAGAAGUGAUAUAGGUGCAGACAGAGUGCGAAUUUUUUAAUUAUGCAUUUGAUGGCACCCGAGUGGAGUAGACAAAAAGGCCGACAAAAUUAUCAUGAAAUCAAGGUCAGCACUGGUGCUAUGUAACCGUGAUACAGAAAUACAUGUUACCGUGUCAAAUCAAAAUGGCAGUGCUCCCAAUCAAUCGCUGACGCUGUCCCUGCUAUUUCCGAACAACUAAAGAAAGCCAGGCUAGAAAUUUUAUUUAAUUCAGUAAGCCUUUGCAAUGAGACGCUACUUGCAGAAUGAAGGCAUAACUGUCUGGGACGUUAUGGCAAACACUGCAAAUCACUUUAAAGCAGGGCACUACUUCACAAGCAACGUUAUGGGCUGUUUAGUGCACUCUGUGAUGUCUCAGAAACGCUAUUUUUGAAUUUUUUGUUCAUAUUAUGGCUAAAGUAAAACAAGUUCUGGUUGUC